ACGCAUGCGCAUUGAUCGGCAAAGAAGACGGGGGAAGGUGCGUGGUGUGGUGUGUUUCUUCACUUGAUCGGUUCACUGAGACUUAGGAGUGACUGGCUUGUGAGUAGAGAGUCCUUACGGCCGUCGGACAUGACCAGAUGAGAUAGGGACACGAGGUUAGCACGGCGUCGGGUAACAGAGUCGACCGAGCGUACGUGUCUCCCCACGCAGUCUACCGGAGGUGAAGCCAUGUCUAAAGACAGACAGAAAACCUACAAGAACAGAGGCCGUAACAUUACGGUACGGGCGGAGCUAAUUGGGAGAGUAUCGUUUCUUUCUCUGUUGUGCAGGACCUUAGAAAUCAGAGGUCAGAGGUCACAGUUGAACUGAGGCGGAAUCGGAAGGAGGAGGCGUUGAGGAAGCGGCGGAACAUUCCUGAGGAUGCAGAGGACUAUCAGAGCCCCCUGGGAGCAGGGUUGACACUGGAGAGUCUGGUGAUAAAAGCCCAGAGCUCCAACCAAGAGGAACAGUUUUCAGCAGUGCAAGCCACCAGGAAGAUAUUAUCGAAAGACAAGAACCCUCCCAUAGAUGAGAUCAUAAGAACUGGGAUUGUACCUGUGUUGGUCAGCUGUCUUCAGAGUGUCAGUCCUCUGCUGCAGUUCGAAGCAGCGUGGGCACUCACCAACAUAGCCUCCGGGACGUCAGAGCAGACCCAGAUGGUCGUACGAUGCGGAGCUGUCCCUCUCCUAGUCCAACUCCUCUACUCCAAGGACGUCCACGUGUGUGAGCAGGCACUGUGGGCCCUGGCCAACAUCUCGGGAGACGGACCAGAGUGUAGAGACUUUGUCGUCAGUAGCGGCAUCAUCGACCCUCUUCUCUCAUUUGUCAACCCUGGGACACCCCCAAACUUCCUCAGAAACGUCUCGUGGACGCUGUCCAACUUGUGCCGCAACAAAAACCCAUCUCCUCCUUUUGAGAGCGUCUGCAAGACUCUACCAGCUCUAGUCUACCUGGUCCAGAACAAUGACAUGGCAGUGAAGGUGGAUGCAUGUUGGGCUCUCUCCUUCCUGGCCGAUGGACAGGAGAAACAGAUCCAGGUGGUGGUGGAUAGUGGAGUUAUUCCGGUCCUAGUCCCCCUCCUGGCUCACCCCGACAACAGAGUGGUGUUGCCAGCCUUGCGGACAUUGGGUAACAUAGUGACAGGAACAGAUGAUCAGACGCAGGCCGUGCUAGAUGGUGGAAUCCUACCUCAUCUCAGGAACCUCGUCACCAAUACCAGACCUACCAUCAUCAGGGAAGCUGUGUGGACCUUGUCCAACAUCGUCGCUGGCAACACACACCAAGUCCAGAUGGUGAUAGAUGCCGACCUAGUUCCAGUGGUGAUCGAGGCACUGAAACUGGGAGACUUUCGCACUCAGAAAGAAGCAGCCUGGGCCGUCAGUAACUUCACAGUGGGAGGAACCCCCGAACAAGUGACAUACCUGGUACAGCAGGGAGCAGUGGAGGCUCUGUGUCAGCUCCUGGACUGCAAGGACACCACCACACCGACCGUGAUCCUGGAUGGACUGGCAAACAUCCUGAAGAUGCGGGAGCACAUACGAGAGUCCGCUGUCCACUCAGAUUGAAGAGGCAGAUGGACUGGAAAAGAUUGAAAAACUCCAGCACCACAAGAACCAGGACAUUUAUCGGCUGGCCUACAAGAUCAUUGACAAAUACUUCACUCAGGAGGGCUACGAUGACGCUGAUGUGAUGCCAGACGCCACUCAACAAGGCUUUCAGUUUGGUCCCACUUCAGACAUACCGGAGGGCGGCUUCCAAUUUUAGCCCUCCUGGAUAAAUGUCACCAGAAGCCUUCCUCAUUGCUGUAAUAUAUCCCUGUGCCCAGAAAAACACUUUUGUUCAGUGGUUAUAAUAUAUACCUAGUGCUAGUAUGCUAGUGCUCUCUUUUUGUAUGAUUGCCGUUGCCAAUGACAUGCAUAAUAUGCACUAUACUAUCAUUAUUAUUGGUGAUUAUACCGUUUUUAUCAAGCUAUUAUGCACAGCAGUAAAAUUUCUUUUCUUGUAUAGUCAUUCGCUAAAUGCAUAUUAUUGUGUGGUAUAUUAUGUUGUAUGCAUUUGUGAUUAUUGUGUUCAUAAUUAAAUUUGUUGGUGCAUGUGGUUUCC